GCCUCGCGACAUCAACGACCCUCCCACAGCAGCGCAGCGGAAUCAGCAACAACGACGUCAAUCCCGCCACUGAGGCCUACACCGCCAUGCAGCCUGCGGCCUCUGCCCAAGCCGCGUCGCAUUCUGCGGGGGAGAUUCAGGCGAGGGGUCGGUGGCUGCGGCGAGGAGGAGGAGGAGGAGGAUGAAGCGAUGCAGUUGCUGACCAUCGUAACCGGCGAUCUCAUCUCCGGCUACGUGGCUCACCUGACGCAGCAGACGGAGCAGCAGCAGCAGCCUCUGCUGCAGCAGGGGCUGCAGCAGCAGCUGCAGCAGCAGCUUCAGCAGUUGCAGGAGCAGCUCCCGGCGGUGCAGCAACAUCUCCUGCUGUCGCAGCAGCAGCAGCAGUGGAUGGAGAAGCUCUGGCAGCAGCAAUUCCAGCACAUGCAGCAGGUGCAGGAGCAGCUCCAGCAGGUGCAGCGGCAACAGGAGCUUGUGCAGCAGCUGCAGCAGCAGGAGCAGCUCCUGGAUGUGCAGCAGCAGCAGCAGCUGCUGCAGGAGCUGCAGAAGAAGUAUCAGCUCCAGGAGGUGCAGCUGAUGCGUCGGUUCAAGCAGCUGCACCAAAUGCAGCAGGAGCAUUUCCAGCAGUUGCAGCAGUUCAAGGAGUGGCAGGAGCUGCAGCGGCAGGCGCGGCAAAUCCAGCGGCAGCUCCGGGAGGUGCGCUCGCUGCUCCAGACCUCCCGGCGGCUGGUGCGGAUGCGUGUGGAGCUUCUGCAGGAGGCGCUCGACACCCGAGGAGACGCGUUGCUGGCAGAGUUCGAAGCCUCCAUCCCAGACUUUGUGAGGCGCGCGGAGGAGCUGGCGAAGCAAGUGGACCCGCGCCGGCUGGUCGUGACCCUGGCCUGGCAGGUUCUCACCGCGGGGCCCAUGAGCUGGGGCUGCGUGCUGUCCAUGGUGGUGUUUUGCGCGCUGCUCGUCAAGAACCUGAGGGCCUCCGGUCGUCUGGGCGACUCGGAGGAGACUUGGCCCUUGACGGACGCGGUGGCCGCUGUGCUGUUGACCACAUGCAAGACCUGGCUCAUGGAACAGGGAGGCUGGGAAGCCCAUCACAUCGGGGAAGCUCGCUUGGACGCUGACUCGACGCUUCCUGAAGGACGAUUGGAGGAAGCUUUGGACGGUUUCGGUUGGCGUCCACCGCCCGACACGUCCGGCUCGGAGCUGGCGCCUUCCCCGCCGGCGCCCCGGCAAGCGGAAGCGCUGCCGCACGAGCUCCACGCCCUCGCGCAGCCGGUGCCCCUUGGGCGACGACGACCGAGCUGCGUUCCUCGGGUGCCGUCGGUGGUCGGAGGAGGCGCUGUCGCCGUCGUCGCCGUGGCCGCCCCGCAGGUCCGCCGACUUGUGCAGGGAGCCGGCCCAGCUGCCGUGGCCGAGCUUGCAGAUGCGCGCCUUCCGCUGCUGGUACCGGGGCCCGCCCAGCUCGCCCGGCCGCCAGCCCAGGGCGCCGGCCGUUGGCUCGGCCGCCGCGCUCCACCGGCCGGCGCCGCGCUGCGGGCGCAGGUCCGUGGAGAUGGAGGUCAGGGCGCGGCGCUGGAACUCGUGCUCCCCGUUGGUGGACUGCUGCUGCUGCUGCUGCAGGUUUGGCGAUUUCCCGCGACGAUCGCCGGCGCCAGGAUGGACGUGGGGGCCAGACGCUCUCCACCGCCGCUCGGCAUCGUCACCGCCGUCAUGGCCGUCGUCGUCAUCGUCGUCGUGGUGGCGGCGCGAGGUGUCAUAGUGAGCGAUGGACGCGGGCCGCACCAGCGCGGGCAGCGCACCGCCGCCGCCGCCCACCGCCGAGCCCACCGCGCCGCCCGCCCCGCCGCCGACACCGUACGCCGUGGCCGCCGGGACGGGCACUGCUGGUUCAUACCGCACGCUCAGGUUGGCGCGGGCAGCCUCCGCCUUCCUCUCGCGCCUCUGCAGCAGCGCGAUGUAGGCGGUCGCCUUGUCGGCGCCGAGUGGCGCCGCUACGGUCGCGGUCACCUCGUCGUCCGCGCCGGCGUCGUCGUGGCGACGGUGGCGGCGGGCGCCAUCGCUCAUCGGAGGAGGUUUUCCGUCGGGCGACGCGGCGGCGUCGCGGUCGUCGCCGGCGCCUCGCCGGUGCAGGAAUGCGGAGCUCUGCAUGGCGACGGCGUGCAGCGGGCUCGGGUAGCGGUACACCUCGGAGCUGUCCCGCGAGCGCAGGUCGCAGUGGAAAUGCGGGUCGGGGUCACGACCCGGGGCGGAGGUCACGGGGUCGGCGAGCCCGACCGGGGACGUCCGCGCGUCUGA